AAAUUUAAAUCUGGGGUAUGUCGGCUUUUUUUGCCCCAAACCCUAUUUAAUUUCUGACCCUAAAUCACACUUAAUGUUAUUGUUUAUUCUGGACUUUCAAUUUAGCAAAUAUGUUUUGUGUGCAGUGUGUAAGCUAUACUACAUCUCAUGAACAGUCCUGCAGAAACGAGAUAAUGAGGGGAGGGAAAGCACAGCAAGGCGCAACGCUUUUGCAAGCUUUGUCUUCUGAAUAAUAUUGCAUGUCGCUCUGAAUAGAGCUUUCCACCGUCUGAAACCAUCCCAAUAUCUGAUCUCGUGCACGCGUCGACUGAGCCACUCAGCAAUUGCGCAUGCGCGUCGGUGGGCUCUAGAGAAGGCUCAUGUUGUCUCUCCGCAGGAAUGACGAGUCUCGCUCCACUCGCAUCGACAGGCACGCGCGGAAAAUGAGAACAUAUUCAUAUGGUGGAAAUAAAGAGGAUACGAUCAAUCACUUCUGAACAAACACCGGAUGUCCUCGCCAAACUGGACAUUGUGGAGACAAAAGAAGAUUUUUAAAGGACCCCUCCUCUUCCACUUCAAAGCUGACGUCUCCUGUGUUAAGUAUAGCUACACAUCCAGUGGCAAAACAUUUUCUAGAUGUGAUGUCUGUCGUGUUUGUCAACAAACGGCUUCUGGUCAUGGGCAUCUGGACAUGCUUAGAAGAAAACGACUGAUGUCAGAUCGAAAAACCGCUUAAAAUGUGACCGUUUCCGUGUAGCCUCGAUCCCUCCACUUUGUCGGAUUUGAGGAGUCGUCUACAGGGAAUCACGGCAGUUCAUGUGUCUCGUUUUGGAGAGAGGGGGGAAAAAAGCGUGCGCCUUGGAGCUGUCCGUUCAGAACCACACACACACACACACACACACACACGCCACCAGCGGUGCACCACAAGCCACCAGCCUCGCGCCUCAUCUGGACCUGAUGGUGUGGAGCGCAGAUUUAUGACAUUCUCUGCAUGAAUUUGUUUUGUUUAACGUCUUUAUUUUCUAAUUUUCUCUCGGCAUCUGGAAGCAAUCUCUUAUUCACCUGACAAGAACAUCAAACGCUCAUGCACCGAUUUGCUGCAGCUGAGUUGCCUUUGCGCACCUGUUUUUUCUGCGUUUAUUCAUUUCAGUGUCCUUUUUCCGUUGCCUAACAAUUGCGCACAUGUAUCCUCCGGGUCUUUCAGCAUUUUAAUGCCUGGCCCGGGCUCGAGACAUGCCUAAGCGACGAGAUGGGCCAGGGCGACGAGAAAGACCGUGUUGUGAUUAACGUGGGAGGGAUUCGACACCAGACCUACCGCAGCACCCUGCGCACUCUCCCCGGCACUCGUUUAGCCUGGCUCGCCGAGCCCGAUGCCCACAGUCACUUUGACUAUGACGCCCAGAUCGACGAGUUUUUCUUUGACCGCCACCCCGGAGUUUUUGCACACAUUCUCAAUUAUUAUAGGACUGGCAAGUUGCAUUGCCCCGCUGAUGUUUGUGGCCCUCUUUAUGAGGAAGAGUUGGCCUUCUGGGGCAUCGAUGAGACAGAUGUGGAGCCCUGCUGCUGGAUGACGUACCGGCAGCACCGUGAAGCCGAAGAGGCACUGGACAGUUUCGGUGGAGGGCCAGCUGAAAUGGGCAACGAUGAUAUGGACACAGAAGUUUUGGGUGAUCCAGGGGAUGGAGACGAGGAACUUGAGAUGACUAAACGCCUGGCCCUCGGCGACUCACCUGACGCCAAAGGUGCAGGGUUGUGGCAACGUUGGCAGCGUCGUGUUUGGGCGCUCUUUGAAGAUCCAUAUUCUUCGAAAUAUGCAAGGUGGGUGGCAUUUGCCUCGCUGUUCUUCAUACUGGUUUCCAUAACCACAUUCUGCCUGGAGACACACGAGGCCUUCAAUCCCAUCAUUAACCGCACAUCUAUUAACCCUCAUGACAACAGCUCCAAGUUUCACCUGGAGACAGAGACGGUGGUCUACCUAACCUACAUCGAGGGAGUGUGUGUGGUGUGGUUCACCUUUGAGUUCCUCAUGCGUGUCACCUUCUGUCCAGACAAAAAGAAAUUCAUCAAAAACACCCUAAACAUCAUAGACUUUGUGGCCAUCCUGCCAUUUUACCUGGAGGUGGGCCUGAGCGGGCUGUCUGGUUCUGAAGCAAAGGACGUUCUGGGUUUCCUCAGAGUGGUGCGAUUCGUUCGGAUCCUCCGAAUCUUCAAGCUGACGCGACACUUCGUGGGCCUGCGUGUACUGGGACACACUCUCCGCGCCAGCACCAAUGAGUUCCUCCUGCUCAUCAUCUUUCUUGCGCUCGGAGUGCUCAUCUUCGCCACCAUGAUCUACUAUGCCGAGCGAAUCGGUGCCAAUCCCAAUGACCCUCGUGCCAGCGAGCACACCCACUUCAAAAACAUCCCAAUUGGCUUCUGGUGGGCUGUUGUGACUAUGACUACGUUGGGCUAUGGAGACAUGUAUCCUCAGACUUGGUCAGGCAUGUUGGUGGGUGCAUUGUGUGCUCUGGCGGGUGUAUUAACCAUUGCCAUGCCUGUGCCUGUCAUCGUCAAUAACUUUGGGAUGUACUACUCUCUAGCCAUGGCUAAGCAGAAGCUACCAAAGAAAAAGAACAAGCAUAUUCCCCGUGCCCCCCAGCUUGGCUCACCUAAUUACUGUAAGUCUGCCAUGAACUCACCCCACCACAGUCCACAAAGUGAGCAUUGUGCUCUCGCUGCCCAGGAGGAGAUUUUAGAAAUGAACAGAGCAGAUCCCAAAGUGAACGGUGAGGCAGCAAAAGCAGCGCUGGCCAAUGAGGAUUGUCCCCACAUAGACCAAGCCAUUUCCCCUGAGGACGGCCAGCUCUUUAACCCAAGCGAGUCACGGGGAGACACUCCAUGUUUUCUGCUGAACGUCGGCAGACGAUCUACAAACACAGGCACCCGAGUGAGGAAGGCCGGAAUGUUCUCAGGGAGGUCAGGGGCGGAGCCGGCCGGCCCGACGCAUGGCACACAGGGUUACCCACUGCUGCAGCUAGGCUGGGCGCACAGCCCAGAAGAUGGCCAUGCCAGGGUCACCACCUGAUAUCCAUCCCUGUUUCGCUGUCAUACGUCAUAGCGUUCAAACCGCUCACAGCAGCCUUAGAUAAAUAAAAGGCCCCUACACGCUAUGUAGCUUCACAGGCUGUCAAUUAACAUCAGCAAAUGUAGUGAUAUUAAGACCAACACGUUUUCAUGUCAUCUGACAUCACUGUUCUAGUUUAUAAAUAGACUUCAGAUCGCAUAUAGAGUGAACUUUCCACCUACAGCGGCCAUUUCUGAUUACAUUCAAAAGAAUAUCCUGUUACCGUCCACCAAUUUGUCACAUGAUCAUUUUCUAACCAGUAACGCUGUCUGUCUGUGUCUUAUGACAUGUUGCUCUGUGUGAGCAUGCUCUGUUUGACUCCAGAUCUUACCCGCAGCCAAAAGCACCACAAGAUGGUCAACAUCAUCACCAAGCAAAACUACACACACUUUUCCCAACAAAUGUGUUUCGUUGUCUUUGUGUUUUAUAUAUGUUUGUGUAAGAGUGUUUUUUGAGAGAUGUGUGUGAGGUGUGUGUGUGUGUGUGUGGAUGCGUGCACGCAUGUAGUGCUUUUUCGGAGUGCCGUUUUCUUUCUGUAGCAUUAUGUUGUGCAUGUGUUGGGACAGUCUUUUGAUCCUUGCUGCACAAUCUGUCCUGAUGCCUGUAUGGUAUUGGAUGAGAAAGGGAAGACUUGGUUUUGCACAAAGGCAAAGAAUAUGUUGGAGAUGGUGUACAGUAUACACCACUGACAUAUGUGACACACUCUUUCAUUUUGAGUCAAAUGUCGCAAUGAGUCAUUAGUGGAGAAAUGUGAUAAGCAAAAAAUUCUUUAUUUUUAAUAAAACAACGCUUCUGUUUUCAAAUUAUGUACAUUUUAAGAUUCAAACAAUUACGGAAUGCACAUAAACUGAUCGUCUCUUUCUUUUUACUACUAGUUGUAGCACAAAAAAAUAAGCAAAAAUGAAUGAACAUCAGAGGUAUGUUCAGUUUAUCUAUUACUUUAUAAUCUCUCAAGUAAUUGCCCAAUAAACGUUGUCACCAGAUGAUACAGUUUCCCCAGGAAAUUCAUUCACUGUCCAUAACUUGCUAGAAAAAAAAUCACAUAGCUUUUAAAUCGUAAAUGUAUUGUUAAAUAUAUUCAGUAUUUUAGCAUUAUGUUUUUUAUGCUACUGAUGUCUUAAUUGUUUAAUGUAUGUUUGAAUAAAUGUCCUAAUUCUGGAAAAACAAGUUUGAAACGAAACAGGUUUUCAUUACAGGCACAAUUUAAAUGAUUAUAUCUCGAUAACAGUUUGUAAACAUACACUGUAAACCCAAAAAUGUUGGCAAAACUCAAAAAAUUUGAGGUAAUCAGUUUUUCUAAAUCAUUUUUAAGUUAAGAAAUUCAAAUUCAAGUAAGCAGAACUGGAAGAUUUCAAUUUUGUACUCAUACAUUUUGAUUGCUCAACUUGAAAUUUUUUAGUAAGUUCAUACAUUAAACUUAAAAUUAUCAUGUAAUCUUAACUUAUAUAUAUUUUACAUAAGCAGACAGGAAGCAAAGUGGGAGAGAGAGAGGGGGUUCGCGAGCCAGGACUCGAACUUGGGUUGCCCGAAGCGCAAUGGUGCUAUAUGUCGGCGCACUGCCCACGAGGCUAUUGGCAACCACAUCUUAAAUUAUAUUUUUAGUAGUGCAAAUUUAGCUAGCUAUAACUAGCUAAUUCAACAAAUGCUAAUUAACACAAUGCUUUGAUAAAAUGAACAUAGCAUAGCAAUUGCUGAAAGGGUACGGCGAUACAGAACAGUAACCCCCCAAAAAACCCACAUAACAGAAACUCUUCUAAAUUGGGACAGCAAAGCAUAUAACACUACUAAAUUCACCACUUAACAUUAAUCUUGCACAAAAAAACAUUAUAUAACUUAAUUUUAGCAUUUAUUCUCCCUUUCAACUGUCAUGGCAAAGCAUGCUGGGCAAUAGAAAUCCCAGCCCAGUUUCAGGUAAAUUUAAGUUUGUCAAAAUUAAAAGAAACAAGUUCGUAAAACUGAAAACAAUUAAACAAUUCAGAUGACUUAAAAUGUGUCAGUUUCGUGAACUCAAAAGAAAAAGAAAGUUCUAAAUACUCAUAAAAGUUAAUUAGCUAAUUUGUUUAAUUUGAGUUUGUCCUACUCAAACCAAUUAAUUAUUUUGAGCGUUAGAGUUUACAGUGUAAUAACUAUAUCAUUUGAAAGCAGAGACGUUCCUUUUUCAUUGUGCAUAUAAUCAAAAUGUUUUUGGUCAGAAUGACUCAAAAUGAUAGCGUAAGUCAUUUAAAUAGACUAUAGAAAAGUGCCUGAAACUGAGGGUCUGACCCUGACAAAUCAAUGGACUGGAUUCUCGGUUGCCUUAAUUUCAAAUUUAUGAGUUAAUUUGAUUUUCUAGAUCAACAAAUCUGUGAACUGCUAAAUUCAACUCGAAACUUUUGCCUUGCAAUCCACAGCCUUCUUUGCUCGCUCUAAUGCCAGAUUAACCAACCGAUCUUUCUGCAUGCCCUCACACAGAGAUUGCAUGCAAUCUUAAACCCUUUAAACCUGACCCAUAGCAGCAAACAUGGUGUGGAGCAAACUGACAGAUGUCAAGACUAAACCUUUGGGUCUCAGCAACUGCCAUGUGCACAUUUCUCUCCAAUAAACCAAGGUUAUCAAAAGUCCCGAAGCCUGGGCACCAUAACCAGCAAGGCCCGAACACUGGCCGAGGUAGUAUCGAUGUCCACCGGGUCCUGCGGCCCACCUGUUCUCCUCCGGCGGUCCCAUUCUCCAAUUCCCUCCAUUCUCUAAGAAAUGGAGCAGUGGUGUAGUUAGAGCUGUCUCCCUGGGUCUUCCUCCUGCUCUGCUGCCUUCUGUUCUCUGCGGUGUUUGAUUUGGUCUGGUUUGUCUUGUUCUCUGGUCCUUGUCUUCUGGAGCUGUGUUUUUGUCUCCUCCUCUCCUCUUCCGUCCGUUUUGCUUGUUUCUUGUCUUAACAUACACCGACUCUUGACUCAUACAAAGCCAUCAGAGAAAGCAAAUCUACAAAAGAUCUCAGGGAAAUUUUUAAGGAUUCCCUAGUUACGAGUGUUUAUCAGACAUAAUAAAAGAACUGGGAUGAGGAAGGUAAACCUUUCUUUAAGAGCACAUUAUUUUUCCAGGGACCACUUCAGAACUGGAAACUUCUGAUAGAAAGACUGCCAUCUAAUGAGGGAAAACCUCCAUUCAAAUGAUAUAAAUCAUGACAUUUUUAAGGAUUUGCUAUGAAUAUUUACUUAUAAAUCCUCUCCCAUCUGAGUAUAUUCUUGCAUAAAAUGCUUUCUGACACCUGGAAGACAAAACAAUAGCCAUCUCUAUCCUCUAUCAGUUUCUUUUUUUGUUUAGUUUCCCCAUUUAAUUUUUGCUUUGCUUUAGUGGAGUCUUGCUCCCUUCUUUCUUCAUCACUUGUUUAAUGAGACCCCAGGUAGGAGGUAUCAGGACUCCCUUUUCCUCUCCUCCGCUGUCUCCGGCAAAUGUUUCUCCUUCCUCUGCAAUUCUUUCAUUCUCCCUGUGCAUUUCUGUCCAUCUCUCUUUCUCCAAACUUUUUAGCCCUGGAUUGCGAAAGCAACCCAAAAGAACGUUUUUACCAUACAGAAAUGGCUUAUUUUCUCAGCCCAUUUCUUCCUCAUUCUGUGAGCUGAAUGAAAACAAGACCCAAUGGCUGGAUGACCCUGAGCAAUCCCAUCCUCCCCUGUAUUUUCUACUGCAGAUCCCUGCAAAGAGGAAACUGCCCUAGUUAAGUAUAUGCAGUCAGAGGUGCUCAAAGUGACCUGAGAAGGCAGCAGCAUCUCAAAACCUUCCCUUCUCCAGCCUUGCUGGACUCCACAAUGGCCAGAGGGAUUUCAGGCUGGAAUUCAAAGGAGGGACGUACAUGUAGAGAGAAAAAGAGCACAAUUGAGGAUGUUGCCAGUCGACGCAGUGGCAAACGUUUUUAUUCAGAUUCCGACUGUGUGAGGGAUCUCAUGGACCAGGACUUUUUUUAAAGGAAGACCUUAAGGACCAUCGACUGCAGAGCGACACGAAUUGAUGGCUUUAAAGCCAGCAAAAUGAGUUUUAUAAUCAUAAUACUAAUGAUAGUACCUGCAGUGACAGAUGUAGUGGACUCUUACCUGUUCAUUUUAGCAUGAGCUGCAUGGUGUUACAUUAAAAAAAAAAAGAGGAAAAUAUUCUAUAUCUGUUAUGAAUAUCUGUAUAAAACAAAUAUUUUCUUUCAAGAGUUCUUGACUUUUGCAGAAUUGACAUGUAGCCAUGAAUAAUGAGAUGUUCAGAGACCAUGUUCUUUAUUUCAGCAUCAGAUUUCUUUCGUUUCAUUCUGUCUUUGUUGUUAACCACACGACUCAGCUCUGGUCACAUUGACCUCAAAUUCUGAAUGAGACACUAGUGGUUACUGUCAUGAGAUAGAUUGUAAAUUCCACUUUUCAACUUUGUUUCUGUCUGGCAUGCUUGUGAUUCUGGAUCUUAUAGAGAAAAAAACUGAGCAAAAUGAGUUAUUUUUCUGUUUUAUGUCAUAAUUAUCAGUGAAUAGAUCCUGUGGAAACUGUCGUGAGCAACUGUUUAUUUCACAUAUCAAGUGCAAACUUUUGACAGUGUUAUUUUUGGAGAAAAAACAUCAAAAAUAAGAAAAAUGGCAUCCUGUCGAGAUGUUUUACAUUUUCGCUCAUUACUUUUAGGUACUAAAACAAAGAAAAGCAAAAAAGACAGAUGUAUAUUUACAUUAUAAGAGAAUUGUAUGCAAUUUAGAACUUUGGGGGAAAACAAAUGCAUGCACUAUGUUAUGCAACAAUAACUGCAUAGAAAAACAGGAAAACAUGACUACAAUCAUAGCAUGAAAUAAAUUUUGUAUGAAACUUG